UUAAUCUCAUUUUUAAUAGCCUUGAACUUUCGGCAAAUUCACAAAAACUCAGUAGACUGUUUGAAAAUGAAAUUAAAUAUUAAAUCAAAUUGUUGCAAUUGAGCUUCGUAAUUGAAUUUUAUCUAAUUUGUGGAAGAAUCAUGAGACUGAACACGAUUUGGAGUUCGAUGGGCGCCAUGAGCUGCGGUUCCCUGAUCACCUACUUAACGCUCCGGCAUUUUGAUGGCCAGCCGUCGUCCGCUUUCUCAUCUGGAGGCGCUGGCGGGGAUUCCAUACAUGAGGUGGGAUCCAAGGACUUUGGCGCCUGGCUUCAUGAAUGGGAUCAGCCCAAGCCUGCGCCUCAAAAUGUGGCACAACGCGAUGAGACCUCUGCCCUGCGGCAUAUUAUCCUGGUGCGGCAUGGCGAGUACACGAAGUCCUCCAACGGCAGUCACCUCACGGACUUGGGUCGCCUCCAGGCGGAACGGACGGGUCGUCGGCUGCGGGAAAUGGACGUGGCCUGGGACCAUGUAGUGGCCUCCACCAUGCCGCGUGCCCAGGAGACGGCUAUGAUAAUCCUCAAGGAGCUCAACUUCGAUCCGCUGAAGAUGAAGCGCUGCACCCUACUGCCCGAAGGAACGCCAUAUCCAGGUGAUCCUCCACAAAAGCGCAGUGUGCGGAGCAUUGAGAUGUCCUACCAGCGAGAUGGCCCCCGCAUCGAAGCCGCCUUUCGGCGGUAUUUCUUUCGGGCCACACCUGAGCAGGACCACGACUCGCAUUUGCUGAUCGUGGGCCAUGCCAAUGUCAUUCGGUACCUAAUCCUGCGGGCCCUGCAACUGCCGCCGGCUGCCUGGACCCGGCUUAACCUGAAUCACGGCUCAAUUACUUGGCUGACAGUGUGGCCCAACGGCUAUGUGACCCUCCGCUGCCUGGGCGACUCCGGUUUUAUGCCCGUGUCCGAACUGACCAAUCGAAGACCCACACCCGCACCCGCACUAGCGGAAGUAAAUUCAAAAAGAAAAUAGCUCAUAAUUAAAGCCGUUUCACUGCCUCUGGGCCACUUUUU